AAAUCUCUGUAUAGAAUUUUAACCUCUUCUUUACCUUUGAACUUGUCUGCAGACCACAAUGUACACUUUAAAUUAAUUUGGUUAGUUGUUUCUCACUCUUUCUCAACACACAGCAAAUCAGUUAAACAAUGCAAUACACAUCACAACGUUGUUUCAAACUGGUACACUGUCACCUUUUUUAAUCGGCUAAUCUCUGGAAAGUAUCGUGCUGUUCAGUUUCCCAGUACCUCAGCAUUCCCUAAUCCCCUUUCAAGCCCAGAUGGAAAUUACAAAGUCACACUGUCGACAACGUGGCUUUGAAUAUAGAUAAAAAAUUAUAAAUAAUAUAUUGAGGAAAAAUAAUAUAUCUUACAUUGUUAAUGUAUUAAUAGUAAAACAUAGAAGUAGAAAUUAUUUUUUAGUGAUUAUUAGUGGUUAUUAGUGGCUGUUGUUUAAUGAUUUUAGUAUAACUGGUGUAUAUUUAUAUGUAUAUGUUUGAAUAAUCCAUUAUUUGUACUGCAUUCAUGCAGGCAGAUUCACAACAGGUGACUUGGGUGUUACUGGUAAACAACUCCAAUGAUGUCAGAGGCUUAGUGAUGAAGAGGCUUAUCACGUAUGAUGAUGUCUGUAUUAGUGAAUUACUCCACACACCUGUCCAUGCUUCAGAGGGCUGAGGACCUACGAGAGAACACCUGACAGAGGUUAAUUGUUGGUGAAAAUGAACGCUCUGGAGGAUGUCCCGUUUCAGACUCCACUGGGUCCACUGGAGGAGGAAGCACAGCUUGUGACAGCUCCACACAUCGCUAUACCAGACUGCCAGCAGAUACUACGAGACACUGAGUAUGGAUUCAACUUGGAGAAAUGGAUCUUAACUGGGCAGCAGCCAGUCUGUCAGGCCCCAUCCUGCCCCCCUUACUGGCUGAUGUUCAGCAGCCCUCAGGAGAGCCGCAGUCGCAGAGACACACAGGUGCAGAGCCCCCGGCCCCGCAGUCACAGCCUGAACUCUGCAGACACUCGCUGGCUACACCCUCGCACUGUCAAGUUCCUCAUAUUUGACUCUGAGGAUGAAGAUGGUUACCACGAGGAUAAUGAAGCCUCCUCCCCUGAUGAUGCACUUUGCUCUAUCAAGAGCAGAGAGCGGCCUCGGAGCGCUGCACCCAGAGACCCGCUGUCCAGAGUCAAAGACAUGCACCUUGGUCCUUCCCCUCAGAACUGUAAGCCUGUCUCACCUCACAACCUCAGAAGGCGCAGAACCUCUUUGCCUUCUUGCCAAGACUGCAGACAACCUCUGCAAGCACUUGAGCAGCACAGGUCACAGCAGGCCAGCCCCCUCCACAACAUGCAGAAGAACAGCAAAAAGAAGCAGCGCUCACUCGUCUCUGUGGCCAGGAAGUACUCCCAGAACACACAACCUGCUCCCUCUCCACCCAGACUGCAGAAGCAACGGCCCUCCUCUGCAGGGCCUGUUGUCAAAAACGGCAGACAGAAGGCCCUGAGGACCGGCGGCCCACGUGGGGUUUUCUUUGACUCAUCAGCAGAGUUGCUGUCAGCACUGAGUCAGGAAGAGAGGGAGCUACUUGAGACCAUCACAGAGAAGGGCUACCCUUUACGCACAGCUAUUCUAGCUCUGCAGAAAACAGGCUAUCACAGCCCAGAGAAGAUCCUGAAGUACCUGGUAGCCAGCGACCGUCUGUGUCAGCUGGGUUACGAUGAAGCACAGGUGGAAGAGGCCUUGGAAAUGUUUCAGAACUGUGAGAGCAAGGCUGCAGAGUUCCUGCGUCUACUGACUCAGUUUAAUGAGAUGGGUUUCCAGCAAAGUGCAAUCAAAGAAGUGCUGCUUGUUCAUGAAAAUCACCGCGAGAGGGCUCUUGAAGAACUCAUGACACGCAUGGCUUAAAGAGAAUAUCUUCACAUUUCUAGUCUGCAUGGAGGAUGAUUUUCUACAAUAUGUGAAAUGUACUCGUGUGUAUGUAAUACGAUACAGUAUAUGAUCAAAAUAUAAUAUUUAAGGAUUCUGCCUCCUGACUUGGACUCAGUUAAAGGAAUACUUCACCCACAAAAGGACCAUUUGUAUAUCAACUACUCAUCUUGUGUUAGGGCAAGGAGCUCCCAUUUUCAGCCAGUUAGAGAGUGAUCACAGAAAUGAGACACUAGAGACGCGGAAGCUUCAAAGACACUUGAAACGCUGGAAGCGCUUAUUCAAUGCGCACUAGCUACUGGUGUCUGACGCUCAAAAAGUAUAGAAAAUAUUUUAACUUUUCAGCAUCUUUGUGUGUCUAAAAAUGCAUGUCUACAAAAACGCCCGUCUAAAAAGAUGCUUGAAUGCCGGUCAGACACGCCGUAUCAUAGGAAAACAAUGGUUUUACUGGCGUUGCAUUUCAUCUCAGUGUGAUCGCUCCCUUAUUUGAGUUAGCUGCUAACUGCUAUAAGCUUAAGUUUUCACCCAUGCUGCACAUGAUCCCAUCCUGCUGGUUGUCCCAUUGUACCUUUUAUACAGAAUGACGAGGUGAACAGCAGCAUGAAAUUCCCACCUCGAUGAGGCAGUAUAAAAGGGGCUAUUGAAUACAAAUGGCCUUUUUAUGGUUGAAAU